AGCUUAUGUAGUUCUUUCUGGGUUUGGAAAUUUUUUUUAGCUGCUACCUUUUUUUAUUUUAAUUCUCUUUCAAGAAUGAUAUUCUUUAUAAUAAUUGAAGAAUUUGUUGUACAAACUAUAAUUGUUCUUUGAGGAAUCUAUUGAAGGUGGGGGAACUAGAUAAUUAAUAUUGAACUUCAAUUUUUGUUGAGUAGUUCAAUUUCACCCAGUAGUUUUGUACUUGUAUCAUUUGUGGGAGAUAAUGAUCUUUAUAUUAGAACAGUUUUUAAUAUGGAUUUCUACCGUAAAUUUAUUGAUUCUCCAGUGGUAAAUCUCUUGCUGUUUUACUAUUAGUAUGCUGUUUAUGACAGAAAACUGAUUACUUUUGCUCCACCCUUCCUUUCUACCUAGAAUUGUGAGCUACUGAGUGAGGGAUCAUGCAAGGCUUGCUGUGUUUCGCUUUGCGUUGUCAUUAUAUGCUUGUCUUUAUCUACUUUUUCAUUAUUCUACAGCUCACAUGUGUUCUACCCCUCCAGUUGUCUUUGUCCGCUUUUAUGCUGUGUUUUUGUCAAGUCAUUAGUUGUAGCACUUGGUUGGGAAGGGGUUCAGAUAUAAACAAGAGUUCUCGUCGACUAAUGAUAUGUAACGCAUGACUCUAUUUGAAACUGCUAAGUUUGAUGAGAAUGUUGACAGCUAUCCUGCCAAUUUACUGUCAUGACUUUGCCUGAAAUAAAGAUAUAGUGUAAGAUGGAAGUGCAAAAUCAUGAUCAUGGUCACAUGAUUGAAGUAAUUGGAGAUGUGCAAGCAGUAGGGCCUAGCAUUGUGGGAAGUAAAAUUUGUGGGGAGGCACCUUCCUGUGGAUUUAAAGACGCAAAAAACAGUUCGAUUGAUAUGAGGGAGCGAAAUGCAUCCAUGCGGAAGCUUUUCAUAGCAGCUGUUUGCUGCAUCGUUUUUAUGAGUAUAGAAGUAGUGGGAGGUAUUAAAGCAAACAGUCUUGCAAUAUUGACUGAUGCUGCUCAUUUGUUGUCGGAUGUUGCUGCUUUUGCCAUUUCCUUGUUCUCUCUCUGGGCCUCUGGUUGGGAGGCAACUCCACGCCAGUCAUAUGGGUUCUUCCGGAUUGAAAUACUUGGUGCCCUCGUUUCCAUUCAGAUGAUCUGGCUUCUUGCUGGGAUUCUUGUUUAUGAAGCCAUUGUCCGCCUUAUCAAUGGUCCGGGAGAAGUCAAGGGGCUGCUUAUGUUUGCUGUUUCUGCAUUUGGGUUGGUUGUUAACAUAGCUAUGGCUCUGCUGCUCGGUCACGAACAUGGUCAUGCUCAUUCUCAUGGCCACAGUCAUGGACAUGGUGAUCACAACCACGGUCCUGGUGGCCACGAACACGGUCAUGAGGAUCAUAGGCAUCACCAUGGGAUUAGUGUUACCGCACACCACCACCACCACCCCCACCACGAAGAAGAGGGAGCUGCCGGCGAUAGUGUUAAGCAUCAACAUCAUCACGCACAUGAGGAAUCAGUAACUACACCCUUACUUGAAAGCCAUUCACAAAAGGUUACCAAGACCCAGAAAAGAGAACGAAACAUAAACGUCCAGGGGGCUUACCUUCACGUACUCGGAGAUUCCAUCCAAAGCGUUGGAGUGAUGGUUGGCGGGGCAAUCAUAUGGUAUAAACCCGAAUACAAGAUUCUUGAUCUGAUAUGCACUCUCAUUUUCUCUGUAAUUGUGCUAUACACAACAAUUCAAAUGCUCCGAAACAUCCUCGAGGUUCUAAUGGAGAGUACACCGCGAGAGAUUGAUGCAACGAAGCUCGAGAAGGGUCUAUGCGAGAUGGAGGAAGUAGUUGCAGUUCAUGAACUGCACAUCUGGGCGAUAACGGUUGGAAAGGUUCUAUUGGCAUGCCAUGUUAUAAUAAAGCCAGAGGCAAAUGCAGAUAUGGUAUUGGACAAUGUUAUAGAGUAUAUCAAAAGAGAGUACAACAUCAGCCAUGUCACCAUUCAGAUAGAGCGCCAGUAGAUUUUCGGAUUGAAUCCAUGAAUGUUUAUUUGUAGGUUUGGUUUAAAAGGAAAGAUUUGCUUCUUUUGAAUUCCCAAGAGUUUAACGUCUUCAUUUUUCUUCUUA